GGACAGAAUAUAACGGCAUCAAGGAACCAGAAUUCGAAGAUGCUGCGUAUACUCUUAUUGUUUUUGAUUCUUCGCUGUGCCGCUGCAACGUCAGAAGACACAGAAGGAACUACUUCUGGAGAUUUUGGGGAUGAGGAGGCCGAUGAUGUGGAAGAAAUGACACAAGAUAAGACAAGAAGCCUGCCUGGUGACAAUACCACAUUAGAUAAGUCUCAAGGAGCAGGAGACGAAACUGUCGCAGAUUGGACAAUGGUCAUCGUCAUAGCUGCUGCAAGCGUUGUAGCGUUGGCCGUAGUUGCAGUUGGAGGUAUUAUUCUCUUCAGGCGCUAUUUGCGGAGUCGGGAACAGGGGGUUUACUCCAUGCCAGCGGAGCAAGGACAGAAAGCUGCUGUUUAACCAUCAGUGCCUGUUUAUUUCCUCUCCACACUGGAUCUUUCAGGGACAUGCGGCAAGCACGUGUUUUCUCAUUUAAAAAUAUGUAGCAGAGUCUAUAAAGCCAGCAAUGGAUCACUGUAUGUUGCCAACAUGAACUUUCUAUCAAUUCUUUAAAUCCUCAAAUAUACGAUGUACAGUUUUGUGUACGCGGACUCUGUUACGCAACUCGUUGGACCCGGGUUUCUCCUACCAGACGUACUUUGUAUUUUUCUUUAAUUGGAUGAAGUGCAAGACAUUGUAAAUGCUUCCUUAAAGGUGAAGUGUGUUCUUUUUUCAAUGUUUAAAAACUACUUUCCCCUUAAAGUGUGCAUUCAACAAGUAGGCCAUUCACAGGUUCAUUUAGAGUCAAAACAGUGCUGCGUUUGUUUGAGCAGCCCGACACAGCGUCAUCCGUCUGUCGACCAAUGGCAGACGAGGAGGUGUGUUCGAGAAACAUUUGCAACUCCAUCAUCAGAAAUACACACUGCAGUUUUGAGCAAACACUCUCCUUCUUUUCCCCUAAAGUACUCUGGGAUUACGUGUCCUUGUGCAUUUAAGGUGACACAUUCAAAGCGUUAAAAGGUAAAGCUGGUCUGUGUCUCUGCGUGCCUUGUCAAAGGAGAGAAAGAGCCCAUGGAGUAGGAAAACGCUCCCGAACAGCCACUUGUGAAGCGCUGAAUUAAUCGACCGCUUUGAAUAAUGAUGUUGUUUUCUUUUUUCCUCCUUUACCGAGCGUCCAACCCUCUACAGUACUGCAGAUUGUAAAUAGCUCUGGGAUGCUGGGUAGCAGAUUAAUGUUUUAUAUAUACUGCUGGCUUUAAUACGGAUGGAGAGGAUCCAAUGGGCGGGUGGAUCGGGGGAGAUACAGACAGACCCAGGACACCCAUGUGUCAUUUAGGCCACAAAUGGAAAGAAAUAUCUAAAGACACUAUAGCAGACUAUUUACUGUACUUAUCCCGCUCUUUCUUCCCCUCCGUGAUGUUGUUUUCUUUCCCGUUAUAGACUAAAAUGGAAAUCAAUCGACGCCUCGGCUCUUUAUCUUGAAUAUACACAAGCACUUUUAACGUCGUCUUUUUGACUAUUGCCUUUCCUUACCGUGCCUUGCGAGGGAUACUUAACUGUUAUACCUCGGGGCUACUCUUUGAAAACCUGACAUGACCAUAGGCCAGGGAAUAAAAUGACCACCAUGAUACCCAGUUUUCAUGGGGUUUUAAAAUAUGCCCUAAUCACAGCCGUGUUUUACACCAGCCUCGUGUUUUUAACACCCCAUUUAUCAAAACUGUGAGUUGGUCAGCUCAAAGACUUUCUUUUAAAAGUUUAAACGUAAUUAACAUACGAAUGCGAAUUUAAUUGUGGUUUAUAAAUUGACUGUUAUCACAACUCUUUGUCACGUGUCACUAUAGGCAACACUUAGACAGUAUUUGCGUACCCUAAUACAUUUCUACAGAAAUAUUAAUAAAGAAAUAUGACUCUAUAAAUUACAGAACUGUAUGUGAAUUAAUCUGAUUUAUAAUUAAAAAUAUAUAUUACAAAAAUGAAGUUUGAAGUGAUUCCCCAGGUUGCUGAUAGUCUCAUAUUGCGAGCUGAUUUGGGGCCAAAACGUAUCUUUGACUGUUUUUCCACCUUUCCAGCAGCUGAAUUUGCGGUUUCUUAAUCAAGCGUCGUGUGCUUGCUGGUUUCUUAUUUAAAUCUAAUCUUGUUUGCAUCAGACAGCUUGAGCUUGUUACUUUGAUGCGUGUGGGUGUAUAUAAAAGCGUUAGUGUGUAAUAUUAAUCGAGAUUUGCAAUAUACUGUAACUGUUCUGGCACGUCGUUUGCAAAGUGUCCACAGACGACAGCAUUUCAGAUAACUGGAAUAUAUAUAUAAACUUUGAGUCCGAUAUAUAAACUUCUUUGAGUCCAUUUGAAAGCCAGAUUCACAUCGUUUUUACCUUCCCUUCAUUUUUUUAUAUUAAAGAGUUUUGUAUAUUAAACAACGUUAAGCUUGAUUCAUUUCUGAGAUUAAUUUCUUUUGGAAUAAAAAAAAUGUGUAAGCCUAAUUUUAAAAAUAUGUGUUUAAUAUUUUCCAUUAAAGAUCAUUUAAGAAAUAAAUCGGCAGUGUAAUAUAAUCUUGAAACUCAUCAAGUUGCUUACUGUUUCUCUCAAUAGUUCUUGCAAUCUGUGAAACCGCUGAUCUUUAAAUGAGUAUCGAGGGAAAACAGUGAUGGCCAGAGAGAUUUAGAUGUAGACAGUAUGUUCCUUGUGAAGGUUGUUUCCACAAGUCUUUAAAGGGGAAAUCAUCAGACAAUCUAUUGUAUUUCUUAACAAUGGAAGCUGUUUUCUUUUGUGUUAUAAAAGGUAUUCCAUCAGCAAGCAGGUAUAAUGUAUGUAAAGUUGUUUUAUGACAAGUUGGAGGUUGUAUGUAUGACUUAAAAUAAAUGUUUUAAUACACAUAUAUGCAUAUACAUAUUAGAACAUGUACACCUUUGUAGCACUAGAAGUUAUAAUGUGGAGAAAGCACCACCUUCGACCAGCUGUUUGAUAAUGUUUUGAGAGAAUAGAACUUAAAGUAGAAACUACAAUUUGUACACCUGGGUUUGUUUUAAUUGUCAACUAAUGAACCUUCGUGUGAUUUCUAUUGAAGUUUAACAAUGGAAGCCUGUUGCUGUAAAUAUUUUGUAAGAUCUGCUUUCAAAUAAAUAUGUGUUAUUGUUCUCA